AUGCCGGAGGAGGAACUCUUGGCACAGGACGGGCUCUUGCGCUGUGUGGGGAAGCUUGGAAUCACAGAGUGGCAUGAAGUGGGUCUAACUUCAGUAUUGCAAGAGAUGGACCCCCAGAAUCUGAAAUCCAACCUACAAACUUGGAGCUGUGAGGAACGUGUUCGUGCCUUGGAACGGCAAACCGAGGCGGCUCAGGCACAGCAAAAGGCGGAGGUCUUGGAGGAGAGCUGGGAGAAGGGAGUGUCUUCUUUGCUUCAGCAGGCCAAGGAACAGCGAGCAGAGCUCGUGAAGGUGGUUGAUUUGCUCAAAGCUCCCUUGAAGGAGUCCGGCCUAUCAGGCCUAAGUGAGAGUGGGGACUUGUCCAGCUUGCCGGAGCUGGUGAAAAAAGCUUUAGGGCAGAUGGACUCCAAAAAGAAGGAGAAAGUCAAGGAGAAGUCGAAAUCGGAGAAAGAGCAGUCAGAAAAAGAGGAAGAGGAGGAGGAGAAAGAGGAGUCGGAGAAAGAGGAGAAGGAGAAGGACAAGAAGAAGAAAGGCAAGAAGAAAGAAGAGAAGGAGGAGAAAGAAGAGAAGAACGAGAAGAAAGGAUCACGCAAAGAGGCCAAAGAGGGGAAAGAUCGAAAAAAGCGAAGAAGGUCGCGCAAGGAACGUUAUACGCCGUCAAAGGAACGGCGCAAGGGCACGCGGCGCAAGGGAACCAAGCGCCGCAGUGGUGGCCGAGACCGCGGCGGAGCUUCCGCGUUGGACGUGGGGUCGGAGAUCUCGCGCUUUGUGAAGGUGAACAAGCUUGAAGAACGCUGUGAGAAGAUUUUGAGGGAUCUGGAUGCCAAACUGGCCUUCCAGGUUAUGGGCGUCAGCGGCGGCGGAGGGCGAGGCUUCACCUUCGAGCUCAGUGGCGACGUCCGCGACCCCACAGCGGUGGUCCUCGCACGCAUCCGUAAGGUGCAGUUCGCGCGGGACGUGGCGCCCAAGCGGAAGCGUUCGCGCUCCCGGAGGAUUUUUCCGGAGCAUAUGAUAGAACAGGAAUCUCCUUUGAAGGAUGUAGUGAAGAGUAUUUGGAUCUACUAUAGCGCAGAUGGCAUCGCGAGCAUGGCGAGCGCCAGUCCAGAGUUGUUGGUGCUGCGGGUGAAUCAGUUGGAUGCCAGGCGAUUGGAUGGAGAGAUUACCUCUAUCCUCAGGCAGCAGCUGCUUGAUGCAAUUCUUACAGAUCCAUGGCCGCUGGAACGCUUCGCACCGGAGGUGGACGCAGCGCUGCAAGGGAUCUUGUGGAGGUACACCAUCUGGAUUGACGAGCCCACGCCUGGAGGGCGUCUCCAGAACUUGCGCUACGCGAGGGCGGGAGGUGAGGGGAAGCCCUUGAGCAAGCUUCAGAAGCUGAGCUUCCUCAUGCUUUGGGUCUUGUUGCCCUGGCUUGGCAAACGCAGCUAUGAGCUGCUGCAACGCCUGGAGGCGAAGUGCAUCUCCGAAGCUCUUUGCGUUUGGCAGCAUGCCACAAAACUAACAAAGAAGACAACAUUCAAAACUGGCUUUCAGUGGUCUGAACCGUUCUUUUGGAUGAUGCUAUGGAUCCUACAGGUGGAGUCUGGGCAUCCCAGACUGAAGGCUUUGGCAUCUUGGCUUCUGCGAAGUGCAGUGCCCAAAGGGGUGGCAUUGCAUUCCUUGUUGGUGGCCACAAACUUCCUCAUCUUUUUGAGGUUCGGGACCUUCAGCGAGCUACGAGACCGCAUCUUGAAGAUCCGCCUGGUACACAUUGAUCCGACGGCGAGAAGACAGGUUGCCUUCGAGUACAUGAAUCGUGUGAUGAUUUGGAACGGCCUCUCGGAGUUCCUCCUCAAGGUCCUACCCUUGAUGAACCUCUCUCGCUUGCGCCGAUCUGUUAGGCGCUUUCUUCCAAAGGCUUGGCCGGUGGCCGGGGGGUCGAGCUGUGGCUUCUGUGGCUCGGUGCCAACCUUGCCCACACAAGCCAGCUGCAAUCAUGUCUUUUGCUACUACUGUGUGGCCAGCAAGUUCAUGGAGAACUCGAAGGUGUUGCCCUGCCCACGCUGUGGCGAGCGGAUUGACUCCUUAAGACCCAGGCCCCUCACAGAGCGCUGAAAAAGAGUUCCGGAGCUGCCCCGGAGCCGUUUCGGCGCCGUGCGCCGUUUUGGGUCGAUUCACUGUGGCUCACUGGGUGUUUUGG